AGGGAAGGGAAAAUUUUCUGAGGUGCGACGGAAGGAAGUGACGAGUUCGGUGCCGCCUCCCAUUUUCCGGUCCGCUCGUUUAUGAAUCACGCUACCCGGGGCUUCAGAGGAUCUGCAGGCGACGGCUGAGUUAUUUGGGUAAUCCAGUACAGGAAGGAAAAUGAAAGGCAAUGGGAAAGACUUUGCAGAAGAACAUCUGUAUUUGGAGUUUUCUCAUCAGAUGGAAAACUGUAUCUUCCCUCUGCAUACAUCUGUAACCUUGUUUCUGCUGUCUUAUUGUGACUGCAAAGAAUUCAAAAUUUUCUUAGUCUCUAGCAAAGGGAAUGCAACUCUUACUAUACUUCCCCAGGACCUAGAAGUUCAGAUUAUCUCGAGGCAGGAGCUGCCACUAAUGGUCCAGAGCUGCUGUUUACCUGUUGUAAUGAAGAAGGCUGAAAAUUUCUGUCGAGCGGGACUCUCUGUCACAUUAAGACACAUUAUACAGAAAACAUAUGAAGCUGAUACAUCAAAGAAGGAAGUUUUGGAACUGCUAGGUUUUAAGAAGACCUGUUUGAAAGCUUGUGCUGAAGUUAGCCAGUGGACCAGACUCUGUGAGCUCAGCAUUCCUUUGGCUGUGGAAAGGUUCCUAUGCGAGCCUUCUGAUAUGUUGCCCUCUAUCCCAGAGGAAAUCCUUCAACUGGAAAAGAAGCUCGGAGAACCUGUGAGAGUGCACAAUGAUGACAAAAUCCGUAGGCAAAAGCUAAAGCAGCAGCGGGAGGAAGGACCUGGGCACAGCCCUGGCUCUAGGCACCAAGAAGCAUGUGGAGAAAGUGCCAAGCCUCCCACAGACAGCCUAGAACUCCAAAUGGCUUUAUCCAGACUCAGAGUCCAGGAAGCUCCCUCUGAGACCAAUCGGGAACCUAUACACAUCAGGAAAACUCAAACUUCAGACCUGCCACCUCUGGACCACCUUUUUGCGGAAGGCCUUUAUUUCACCCUUGCUGACAUAGUCCUUUUGCCCUGUAUCCAUCAGUUUCUGGUUCACAUCUGGAAGAAGCCCUGUGGAAUUCUGGCUCAUUUACCUCUGAUAGCCUCCUGGUACCAGAAGAUUCAGGAAGUGCCUGGAGUAACAAGAGCUGCAGCCAAAUGCAGGCUACUUUUUCUUCAUUUAUCAGACCUCCCAGCCACGUUGGAUAAGCAGUCACCAAUUUUGAGUGAGAAUCCUGAAGUGGAAGAGAAAAUAUGUGUGCAGUUUAUUGGAGGACCAAGACCAACCAUUUCUAAACUAAUGAAAAAAGGCAUUGAGGCAAAGUUUUCUCCCCAUCCCUGCCCCAACUGGACUCUUGAUUGGAGCAAUCUGCCAGCAGCAGUAUGUCCUGAGGAGGGCAAGAUGUCCAAUGAACGGGCUCUGAGAAAGCAGCAGCAGUUAAACAAUCUAGUCUCUAUGGUGACAAAGAUGGCCAAACCUGGUGAUAUAAUUGUGGAUUUCUGCAGUGGUGGGGGACAUGUUGGAAUUGUCCUUGCUCACCUUCUGCCAUCAUGCCAGGUGCUAUUAAUUGAAAAUAAAGAGUUAUCAUUAGUGCGGGCUAAGAAGAGAAGUGAUGAUCUGGGACUAACCAAUAUUUGGUUCAUCCAAGCAAAUUUGGACUAUUUUACAGGGAAAUUUAAUAUUGGGGUGGCUUUGCAUGCUUGUGGAGUGGCCACAGACAUGGUGAUUGAGCAUUGCACCAAGGCCCGAGCUGCCUUUGUCACAUGCCCUUGCUGUUAUGGUUUCAUUCAGCACACCCUGAAGUUUACAUUUCCACAAAGUGAACCUUUCAAGGGAGUUUUAUCCUAUAAGGAACACAUGAUUCUUUGUAGAUUUGCUGAUCAGACUGCUGUCCAGCUACCUCUAGAACGCAGACUUAUAGGCAAACAGUGUAUGUGCCUUGUGGACCUGGAUCGGGCCUGGGCUGCAGAAGAACGGGGCUAUUCCGUCCAGUUGAUAUCUAUGGAGCCUGAAAGCUGUUCUCCAAAAAAUAACAUGAUAGUAGGGGUCCCUGUUUAGUCUAGAAUGUUAUUCCCAUUUGAAUUUGUAGUUAUCCUAAUCAAAACCCAGGGAUUAGGAGGUUCUUAUCCCCCAGAAACAUCUCAAACCCCAUUGUCUUUGGCAAAGGAAGCAUUGACAGAAACCUGCAAAGCCAGGCUGCCCGCAGAGCAUCACAAGUCCUGCUUAUGGCUUGCGAUUUAGGCAGCUGCUGGUUCUCACAGGGAAAACCCCCAGCAGCACCAGCUACCUGCCCAGGAAUGUUCAUUUAGCUGUCUUUCAGAGAAAAACAAUCCUUUGACUAGAAGGAUAAUUUCCUUUUCAGCACAGAAGUUUUCCUCCUGGCCUUGCUCAUUUGGCAUUGCCACCAAGAACCCUUUGCACCUUUUUUUAGUAGAGCCUUCCUAAACUCUACAUGGAAAGUAAAGCUGAGCCAUUAACAAAAAUUAAUUUUUUUAACAGUUGUACUUCCAUUAUAAAAAAAAAAGUUUGAAUUACAUUUUGAA